AUGGAGCCUACCCAAGCCAAUUUCUGUCACCCUUACCAGCCUUAUUCCAUCCAGCUAGAUUUUAUGAGAGAACUCUACCGCUGCAUAGAGGGGAGGAAGGUGGGAAUCUUUGAAUCUCCUACAGGCACUGGCAAGUCAUUGAGCUUGAUCUGUGGUGCUUUGACCUGGCUCCGAGACCAUGAACAACGGGCACUUCAAGGUCUGACGGAUGGAGGUGAGCCGCUUGACUGGCUUUUAGAGGCUGAAAAAACCACCCAACGUCGUGAGCUACUUCUUGAACGCGAGGAGCUUGAGUUGAGGCUUUCCAGAAUCCGUAGAGAAGAAGCAUCCCGCCGACGGCGUCAACACGACGCGAAAGCUUCCAAGAAACCUCGAACUAAGAUUCCAAACGACGAGGGUAAUGCUCCAGAUGAGGAUGAGUUUACGUUGGAGGACUACGACAGCGAGAGGGAAGAGACGAGCAUUGCAAACUACUCAACCGCCGGCCUCUCGAGCUCAACUCAAGCCCUGCUCGACAAGCUACAAGGCCCAAUGAGAACUAAUGUUGAAGAACAAGAAGAAAAAGAUCGACUUAAGAUUAUCUUUUGUUCGCGCACUCACUCUCAGCUCACACAAUUCGUGAAUGAGCUGCGCCGUGUCAAACCUCCUCCAUCCCUUUCUUUAGAAGCUGCAGAUUUCGCACACAAGCCUUCGCUUGAGGAACGAGUUAAACAUCUUGCUCUAGGCUCACGAAAAAAUUUGUGCAUCAACAGCAAAGUUGCAGGACUGUCGUCUGCUUUCGCAAUCAAUGAGCAAUGUCUCGAACUGCAGAAGCCUGCCACUCCCAAAGACAAAAAAUGUCCCUAUAUCCCUGCAAGAGACGAUAAAUCAAAAGUCGAAGAUUUUCGAGACCGAGUUGUUGCAGAGGUUCGCGACAUCGAAGAUACGAGUCGUCUAGGCAGGGAAAUGCAACUCUGUCCCUAUUAUGCUUCUCGAGCAGCCAUAACCAUGAGCGAGGUGCUCACGUUGCCCUAUCCUCUCCUCCUACAAAGGUCCGCCCGUGAAGCUUUGGGGGUCUCCGUGAAAGACAAUGUUGUGAUCAUUGAUGAGGCUCACAAUCUUAUGGAUGCCAUCGCAGACACCUUCUCCAUCUCACUGCGUUUGAGCCAGCUCGAAGAAGGUGCUCGGCAAGUUACUGCUUACGCGGGUCGCUUCAAAAAUCGCUUGAAAGGGAAAAAUCGUGUGUAUGUUAUGCAAGUGAUACGGUUGCUGAAUUCGAUGACCGACAGUCUGCGUGGCACGUUGCAAAAGACGACUUCAACUGAAGUAACUAUAACGGCUGCACAACUUAUGGCCGGGAAAGGCGUCGAUCAGAUCAAACCCCACAAACUCUUGCAAUACCUACACGAAAGUAAGCUCUGCCACAAGGUUGAGGGAUACUCCGAGAUGCGACGAGACCACUCUGAUUCGAAUCAAGGCAAGGGUGCCUUGCUGCAGUUUCAAAACUUUCUGAUAGUAUUGAUGAAUCCGGACGACGAAGGACGAUUCUUCAUAAGCCGACAUGAUGACGAAGUUGUCGUCCGAUACACGCUGCUCGACCCCAGAGAGCAUUUUCGACAAAUAGUUCAAGAUGCUAGAGCGAUCAUUCUGGCAGGCGGCACCAUGUCCCCCAUGUCCGACUAUUCGGAUUAUCUCUUCUCAUAUCUCGACAAAGAUCGGCUGCGGACAUUCAGCUUCGGCCAUAUAGUUCCCCCUUCUCACCUAUUCGCUCAGGCCGUUGGGAGGGGACCUUCUGGCAUUGAGUUCGAUUUCAGCAUCGUGCCGGAUGGGGUUGUGGUAUUCUUCCCAAGCUACGAUUAUCUCGCACGAGUGGUUUCAAUUUGGCAGCGCCUACCAGCUCCCCGGUCAGUAAUGCAAGCGCUUGGUAACGUCAAGGCAACUUUUCAGGAAUCCAAGUCAAUCGCUGUCGAUCAACUACUGCAGGAAUACGCCGCCGCCGUGGAUAGCGGGAGAGGGGGCCUGAUGUUGUCAGUUGUGGGUGGAAAGCUUUCAGAGGGCAUCAACUUCUCAGACAAACUCGGUCGGGCCGUAAUUGCAGUUGGUCUUCCAUUCCCAAAUGCUAACGGAGCGGAAUGGAGGGCCAAGAUGGAACAUAUUGAGGGGAUUCGAUAUGAGCACUGCAAAAGCCAGGGGAAGACGGAAGCAGAAAGCAGGGCCGAGGCGAAAAGUGCGAGCAGAGGGUACUACGAAAACACCUGCAUGAGAGCUGUGAAUCAAAGCAUCGGACGAGUAAUCCGGCACAGAAACGACUAUGCUGCGAUCUUGAUGCUCGACAGACGGUUUUCAACAGAGAGGAUAUCUCGUAAGUUGCCUGCCUGGAUACAUGGAAGCAUGAACAACAGCUUGCGGGACUGGUCAGACAUAGAAAAGGACGCAGAGGUCUUUUUCCGUGACAAGCGAUGA